AUGCAGCCGCCCGGCGACGAGGACCAUGCGCGCCGCCGCCGCCGCCGCCGCCGCCGGAGGGAUCUGCUGCUGAGCCAGCUCUGCUUCCUGGCCUCGGUGGCGCUGCUGCUCUGGUCGCUGUCGAGCCUGCGAGAGCAGAAGGAGCUCGACCUCAUGGACCUCAUAGGGGAAGACAGAAAGUGGAUGGUAGGGAGGAAGUUAAUGCAGGUGAAUGACACUUUGACUUCCGAAGAUGGAGGAGUCCGAAACAGCAAGAACUGCACUGAGCCAGCCCUGCACGAGUUCCCCAGGGACAUCUUCAGCAACGAGGACAGAAGACAAGGGGCAGUGGUCCUCCAUGUGCUCUGUGCCAUGUACAUGUUCUACGCACUGGCCAUCGUGUGUGAUGACUUCUUCGUGCCCUCCUUGGAAAAGAUCUGUGAGCGCCUGCACCUCAGUGAAGAUGUGGCUGGGGCCACGUUCAUGGCAGCUGGCAGCUCAGCCCCAGAGCUGUUCACAUCUGUCAUAGGGGUCUUCAUCACAAAGGGUGACGUGGGUGUCGGGACCAUCGUGGGCUCGGCCGUGUUCAACAUCCUCUGCAUCAUUGGUGUCUGUGGACUCUUUGCAGGGCAGGUUGUGGCUCUUUCCUCCUGGUGCCUGCUGAGGGAUUCAAUUUACUACACACUGUCUGUGGUUGCACUUAUCGUGUUCAUUUACGAUGAAAAAGUUUCCUGGUGGGAGUCUUUAGUCCUUGUCCUGAUGUAUCUUAUUUACAUUGUCAUCAUGAAGUAUAAUGCUUCCAUACAUCAGUGCUUCGAAAGGAGGACAAAAGGUGCUGGGAACAUGGUCAACGGGUUGGCCAACAAUGCUGAAAUUGAUGACAGCAGCAAUUGCGAUGCAACUGUGGUGCUACUAAAGAAAGCCAAUUUCCACCGCAAAGCGUCAGUGAUCAUGGUGGAUGAGCUGCUGUCAGCAUACCCACACCAGCUCUCUUUCUCUGAGGCUGGACUUCGAAUCAUGAUCACAAGCCACUUUCCACCCAAGACCCGGCUCUCCAUGGCCAGCCGCAUGUUGAUCAAUGAGAGACAAAGACUAAUAAACAGCAGGACUUAUGCCAAUGGAGAGUCUGAGGUGGCCAUCAAAAUCCCCAUCAAGCACACUGUGGAGAAUGGGACAGGGCCCAGUAGUGCCCCAGACAGGAGUGUAAACGGGACCCACAGGGACGAUAUCAUUGCCGAGGCUGGACAUGAGACAGAGAAUGAGAACGAGGACAAUGAGAACAAUGAGAAUGACGAGGAGGAAGAGGAAGAUGAGGACGAUGAUGAAGGCCCAUACACACCGUUCGACCCCCCCUCUGGUAAACUGGAAACAGUGAAAUGGGCAUUCACCUGGCCCCUGAGUUUUGUCUUAUACUUCACUGUCCCCAACUGCAACAAGCCCCGCUGGGAGAAGUGGUUCAUGGUGACGUUCGCUUCCUCCACGCUGUGGAUCGCAGCCUUCUCCUACAUGAUGGUGUGGAUGGUCACCAUCAUCGGCUUCACUCUGGGGAUUCCUGAUGUCAUCAUGGGGAUCACCUUUCUGGCCGCUGGGACCAGCGUGCCUGACUGCAUGGCCAGCCUCAUCGUGGCCAGACAAGGCAUGGGAGACAUGGCUGUGUCUAACUCCAUUGGGAGCAACGUAUUCGACAUUCUGAUUGGCCUAGGGCUCCCCUGGGCUCUGCAGACACUGGCAGUGGAUUACGGAUCCUACAUUCGCCUGAACAGCAGGGGACUGAUCUACUCGGUGGGCUUGCUCCUGGCCUCUGUUUUUGUCACGGUGUUUGGCGUCCACCUGAACAAGUGGCAGUUGGACAAGAAGCUCGGGUGUGGGUGUCUUUUCCUGUACGGCGUGUUCCUGUGCUUCUCCAUCAUGACAGAGUUCAACGUGUUCACCUUUGUGAACUUGCCCAUGUGCGGGGACCAUUGAUCCACUGGCAGCCCGCCCAGGCCCGCUCCUUCUUUCUGUGCAAUAUGAGACCCGGCCACACCGAGGCACGUGGCCUGGGCUGGGGUCAGUCAGUCUCUCCCCCGCUGUUCUUAGGCCUCCAUUCCUGCCUGGGGGGCAGUGGCUCCCCUGCCUCACCCCUCACUCCUCCGCCUCCUCGGGUCCUAUGUCCCACCAGCCCUCUCGCCCGCCCCUCCUGACUCCUCCGUAUGAAGACUUCCAACAUCCACAUGACUUUUCAAUCUCCAUUUUUGAACAGUGACUGAAAUCUAGAAAAACUGGCUGCUAACUGGCCCAAGCCAGGCAAAACUUGUUACAAUUCCUUCUCCGUUUUUAAGUUAUUCGAUGGAAGACUAAUCUAAUUUAUGACCUGAGACUGUUGAAGACAGAGAGAUGAGAGGGUGCGUUGAUUGUAAGGGAGUGUUUGGGAUUUUGUUUUGUUUUGAGGUGAUUCCUUAGGUUACUGGGUUUGGGGGUUGCUUUGUUUUGGGGGUCCCCCCCUUUUUUUUCCUUCCUUCCAGAGAUCAAGAGCUUCUCUUACAUCUUCUUUCACUGGGCUCUGGAUUAGUCAAUGAUCCAAAGGUUGCCCUGCAGUGUCUCCUGGGACUGAUCUCAGGUACACUAGAAUAUGCCUGGAUUUAGUGCUUACUGAAGCAACAGAUGGGCAAGGCCCCAGGAUCAUGCAUGACAUUUUAUACCCAAGGGUGCCUCUGAAGCCCUGUGGGAGUUCCCAGGGGCCCCCUAGUAGGGGUGCACGAGGUUUCCAAGGAAGAAGACAGCUUCCCACAUGUCCAUUAUGACCACCACUUCUUGCUAGGUUCUUUCUAGUUUUUCAAGCAAUAGUUCCAGCCUGCCCAAGGCCUUUGGCGGAGUGGCCUGGUUAAACUAUCCAUCCAUCGGGUGCCAGGCAGUCAACGUAGAAGCUUCCCCAACUCUGAGUCCCUGAGAUAUGCUCUUGUUGCUUGGCAUUUGGGGUGACAGGGGGUGACCCAGAGCCCACCACUGCUUUCCAUGAAGGAGUUACAGACACUGGUUUCUUGAAAAGGGGAAAAGCGCACUUUGCACAGACAUCGUCGAUAAAGUCCCAGUUCACCGCUCCGUAUCGAAUACACUGGACCCCGAAGGCUGGCUCUUGGGCAAAUGUCCUUCCUUACAGGACACCCCUGCCAAGCUGACCUGGCUCCACCCCUUCCCUCCUGGAGGGAUGGCAAGGGAAGAAGACCAGAAAACUGAUACCUUUGAAGCCGCAGGUGUGUUAAACACAGACUUGCUCGAGGGCAUAAGUUAUUGUGAACAUUUUUGCCAACCACCGCUCAAUAGCCCUGCUAGAUUUUGUAUGAUGCUGAGUUAAUAUGCAGACUAAUUCCACCGAAUUGAGAUACACCCAUGCUUGUUACACUGUAUUUAUUGAAACUGUGGAUUCUUGCCCGCGCUGUCCCUCAUACUUACUUUGAGCACUGACCAUUUCUCCAUCGGUAUGGUUUCUCCCGUCCCUUGUACACAUUCUGGUAUGAAUUGUAAAAACAACCUGCUACAGAUUGGUUGACCGUUUCUGUCUACGGUGCAAGCUGAGACCAGCGUUAGUCCAUGGGGCGCCCGCCCAACGGAGGGACCAGAGAGGAAAUCACCAGUUUGGGCUUUCAGAGUUACGACACACUUACUGACUCUGUUGCACAUUUUGCACUGGUUUAUGGCGAUUGUUUUCUUUGGAUGGAUAGUGUAAAAUAAACUUCUCUGUUCUGUAUUCUUCCUCCAGCAAGCACAGUACUUCCUCUCCCGGGGAGCUGAGGAUUAGGCAGGGAAAGUAAAAUGAUUGUGCACUUGUUGUGUGGCCAGGCAUUUGCACUCUCACAGUUUCUGGGUUGACUCACCUAGAAAGCUGUAAGUGCUUGGCAAAGUGCAGGUAUCAGCUGGCAAAUGGUGGGGGUCAAGGGACUGUGGGCCUGUUGUCCUGUAGAAUACACGGGACAUUGUAUUAGGAAUCCUUUCUUUUAGCUGUACAUGACAGGAAGAGGAUCCCAGUACGGAGGGCGAUGUUCAACCAUGUUCAGGUUCUCCUCCAUCCUAUCUUCUUUUGCUAGUUUUCAAUCAUGAAAAUUAAGACUUCCCCAAAGCUGAUUCCAUGAAAGAGACAGUAACAUGUAGUUGUAAUAAACCAUGUUCUUAUCCUAUGUGACUCUUGAGAAAUAAUUAUUGGACCUAAAAGUAGACCCAAGUUAGCGAACAAUCGGGUUUCCACCUGAAACUCAAUACAAUUCAUUUAGACCACAGGAAUCAGGAGGAAAAUAGCCGCUAAUUCACAGCUCCGACUGUUUUUAACUAUUUUAAAAAUAUAUUCCUGGGGGUUGGGACAAUACCGGGGACUUAGCUUUGCUUUGAGUGUGUACUACUCAAAGUCUUAGAAUACAUUACCUGCACAUUUGUGCAUUUUACAAAUACACCCUGGUCGGGGGCAGGGUAUUUCCAUCAUGCCGAAUGGU